UCACGUGGGUCUGAUCUUUCCGUGAAGAGAUUAUUCGCUAUGGAUAUGUAUUCAUGGUUCAUUUCUACUUUACAUUGAAUUAAUGACACGUAACCGUUACUUUAAGAAAGCUGCAGUGGUAUAUUUCAAAGCAAACGGUCAUAUAUCCUCAAAAAAGUAUAGCUGAGAUGAUUUUGCUGUUUAAUGCCACCAGACAUUUAUUUUCGAUACAUUAUGUUGUCAUUCAUUUAAAAAUAUGUUUUUCACUGGUAGCGUAGGCAACGCUUUUAAGUUUUUUUUAAAGCUAACUCUUUACACGUGAAAACAAGCCUAGUUAUUAGACAAAUAGUGUAAUGUUACAAGCUGAUAUCUCUUGUGGGCGUUCAACAACGGAGUAACUAACAGGAUGGAAGCAGUAGGUUCGAUUUCUAUCACCUUUGUUUACCCGUUUUAAAACACUCUUUCCCGGGGGCUGGGGGAGGUUAAUCCAAUCCCCUCAUUAGACGUGAGCGUUGUGGGUCAAGUAGCUCAGCAGGCGGAGCUCGUUUGGAAACUAUUGUUAACUAAUCGUUAUAUAUAUAACGCAUUUACAACACUAUUUUGGUUGCUAGGCUAACUUUUGGCAGUGCAGUAUUUGGCCUACGAAUACUUCCUCCAACCAGCAACCACUGAGGACUUAUGGGUCAUCUAUUCUAAAUACCCACUCGCGGACAACAGAGACCACUUAGAAGAACGUACUUUGGAACUGGGUGAAACCAUGCAGGCCAGUGAAGCUCUGAAACAGGCUUUCUUCCGUCUGGAUGCAACCCAGCAGCAGCUCCUUGUGGCCGGGUCCGCUGUGGCCCUGGGAGGGCUUCUGACCUGUUGUUACCAGGCGUAUCGUGGGAGGAAGACCCAGAACAUUCCUAUGGGGGAUGGGUGGUGGGGACCAGGACAUAAGCCUCACUCAGAGGAUGAGAAGGUUUUGCCAUUUGAGGUCCAAACUUCAGAUUCAGAGAUCCAGGACCUUUACGACCUUAUUGACCGGACCCGGUACACUGAGCCGCUGGAGAAUGCAGGCUUCCAGUAUGGCUUCAAUUCCACUUACCUGAAGAAGGUGGUUCACUACUGGAGGCACAAGUUUGACUGGAAGAACCAGGUCGCCGUCCUCAACAAGUACCCCCACUUCAAAACCAAGAUAGAGGGAUUGGAUAUACACUUUGUCCGCGUGCGUCCGCCUCACCGCGAGGGCCAGCGGGUGCUGCCUCUCAUGCUGGUCCACGGCUGGCCGGGAUCUUUCUACGAGUUCUACCGGAUCCUGCCGCUACUCACGAAUCCACGGGGCGGCCUGGCCUUCGAGGUCAUCUGCCCCUCCAUCCCCGGGUACGGCUUUUCCGAGGCCCCUCACAAGCAAGGCUUUAACAGUUUGGCUGCAGCGAGGGUCUUCCACAAGCUGAUGGAGCGUCUGGGUUUCUCAGAGUACUACCUCCAGGGAGGGGACUGGGGCUCCCUCAUCACCACCAACAUGGCCCAGAUGAAGCCACAGUGUGUGAAGGGACUUCACCUCAACAUGUUGACCGGCAGAACCAUGGGGUUUGGCGUCCUAUUUGCCGUGAUGUUUGGCCGCUACCUGCCCUGGCUGUUUGGGUUCACCCGGGAGGACGUGAAGAGGUUGUUUGGUUCAGACGGUUUCCUAGAGAGGAACGUCUAUGAGCUCCUUAGGGAGUCCGGCUACAUGCACAUCCAGGCCACCAAGCCAGACACUGCAGGUUGCGGGGUGAAUAAUUCUCCAGUUGGCCUGGCUGCAUACAUCCUGGAAAAAUUCUCCACCUGGACCGACUUCAGUAACAGGGACUUGGAAGAGGGAGGCCUGGAGAGGAAGUUCACCUUGGACGACCUUCUGACCAACGUCAUGAUCUACUGGACCUCUGGCUCUGUCGUCUCCUCCAUGAGGUUCUAUAAGGAGAACAUCGGUUCUAACCGACCGGAUCACAAGGCUGCUGUGCACGUCCCCACGGGGCUGGCAGCCUUCCCCAACGAGAUAAUGCACGUUCCCCAGGUGUGGGCCCGGGACCGAUACAGGAACCUCUACUCCUACUCCUACAUGCCAAGAGGAGGCCACUUCGCCGCAUUCGAGGAGCCGCUGCUCCUGGCCGACGACCUGCGGCAGUUCGUGGAGAAGGUGGAGAAGUCGUCCGGCUGACGUGACUCGGCACUGGUCCACCAGAAAAAAGUAGUAGUAAAUGUGGUACAGGUUUCCUCUGAAAUCAGUUAAAGCUGUAUUCAAUCAGUGCUGUCUUAUUGUCGAGUGCAUACGUUCAAAAUGCCAAAGUUGGUAUCAUUCGAGGGCAACGAUCAAGCUUAGUCAUUUUAUUUGUGCAUCGUGCGUCUGUCAACACAGUUGAGAAGUACAGUAAUAACAACUGAGCACUUCACUAGAACACAAAUUAAUUUCUGUGGAAAUGGCCUCAAUCACUGCGUCUGUUCGGACUUUGCUGUAACGUUACCCUUGUUAAGUGUUUUGUAGUGUCCGAUGUUUGUGUGGCUGGUUUCCCAGACGCACGUUAAGCCUUGUCCCGGGCUACAAAUGGAAAUGAGCAUUACUUUUUAAACCAGGACUGGUAUUAACCUGUGUCAUGUGUUAAUGUUAUGUGUUGUAGGCAAUCACUAAGAUAUCAGCUAAUGAGGAGCCAAAGAAAUAAAUGUGCCAAAGUCA